AGCCAUAUCAGUCCUGCCACAUUACCCCCAAAGACAAACAAGACCAGUGUUAGAGUUGGGGAGAAAGAAACAGACAUGAAGAGACAUGAACAGCUGUUGCUUUGCCUCUAUUGAGGGUUGGAGAAGAGAGCUAUGCUCUGAUGGAGAAAUGUUCAUGACUGUACACUGCGCUGACUGGGUGGAGAUUCUGGAGCCACGCUCCCGGGAGCACAUGUAUGUGAAUCUGGCAACAGGAGAGUGUGGCUGGGACCCCCCUGCUGAUGCUCCUGUUCGCCAGGCUGAUGGCAAUCAGUGGUGGGAACUCUUUGACACCAACAGUGGCCGAUUCUAUUACUACAACUCAACUGGUCGUCUGACAGUUUGGCACCGGCCACAAGGAGCUGAUAUUGUGCCCCUCUCCCAGCUUCAGGCCAUUAAGCGCUGUGCCGAAUCUGAACACAAGGCAGUGUGCGUUAAGGAAAGGCAGUAUGGGAGUGGAAGCACUGGGAGUCAAGGCAGACGCACCCCACAGCCACCUACGGAGCCCUUCACUAAAGAGCUUAAAGCUACUGAGAAAGAAACCAAAGAACAAGGCACUGAGAAUAUGCAGCAGUCGGAAAAUAGCAUGGAUAGUAGCAAGGACUCACUCAGGGAAGAACAUAGGGACACAGCUCAGAGACGGCAGCCCCCUCUUGGUGCUAAGGCCCCAGUGUUGGGGAAGGUUAAUAGCUUUGGCCGAAACCAGACAAAGGGAACUACUGGAUCAGCUUCCCUGCAGCUCCCUAUCAACAAAACGCACAGUAAAGCCAAUGGUCUCGGUGCCUGCACUUUAAAUCCUGCCGGUGUUAGGUCAGCAGAAAAUGACUUGUUGUGCACUCAGGCUUACAAAACUACACCUGCUGGCAAGAUGGCCGCUGACACAGGACAGGCCCACCACCUGAGGAAGGGCAGCAAUUUUAGCUGUCUGGUGACCUCUAGUGACCCUGUUCCACAUCAGGCAUCUCUCGGCGUGCAGUCCUGCACUCCAAGGCCAGUUUCUCCUCACUGUGGAGCUACAGCACGCCUGUAUGAUGACCCUCUAACAGAUAGCCCCAUUUAUGAUGAGCCUCCUAUCGAUAUGGAAGUGGAGGGUGCUCACCUACAAAACGGCCUGUCCCGCCAUACUUAUAGCCUGCAGAACACUAAGUUCCUUCAGCACCCAGGACAGACUCUCCCUGGCUCCAGGCACAAGAGGAAUCCCUCUGCUUCUGAUUACAGCCCUGCUGGUCUGGAGUGCAUCAAGCAUAUGGUAAAUGUUGACCUGAAACAGGCACUUCUGUCCACGUCGCCCGCGCUCUCACCUGGUCUGUCAGCCUCUUCUGGUCCUGAAUCCGUGCUCCCCCAGCAGGUCAGAAAAGAACCAGUAAGCCUAGAAAAGAAGCAGUCAUGGAGGCUUCUGGAAGCUGGUGUUCUUAGAGCCAUGGAGGUGCAUCACAGCAGGCGAAGCAGUCAAGUCUCCCAGGACUAUUCCACUCCACCACCUCCCACAGGAACCUAUCAAGACUCGGGCUACUCCACUGGGCCAUCCCCAAGUCUGCACAGAAAGAGCAGGAGGAGGAUGGGUGCUGGGAUCCAGGGACGCCCAGGCUCUGUGGGCAGCACAGGAGAGCUCUGUUCCCUAAACGAACGUUUAAUGGCUGAGAUGAGGGAGGUAGUAAGCCGCUCCAACACUUUGCGCGAGACCAAGGAGAGUCUGGAUUUGGAGAUGUUGGAGGGCUGCUCGGUGAAACACUCACAUUCUUCAUUACACUCACCCAGAAGGGUUGUUGGUGGAAUGAGGUGCUCCUCUAAGGAAGACAUUGUUUCCAGCAGCAGGUCUUUAAGCAGAUCAGGAAACCAUGCCAGUGUGACCCUCACAACACUGGAGAUUCCUGGCAGGCAGAAGAGGACAUAUGAAAAAGUGGACACCCUGGAGAAGAGUAUUAACAGCCAGGUUAGCCUCUCCUCUCCUGAGACUCCUGGGCCUCCCUCUCAGGCAGGGAUGUUGGACUCGAAAGGUCAGCUAAAGAGCAGAAACAAAAGCAUGGUGGAUGGUCGAACAGCCUCUCUUGGCCCUCCUGGCAGCAUGACGGCGCGAGCUGUAAGCCGAGAGAGCUUUCAUCUCUCCUAUGCCACCCUGCGCCAGCCUCCUCUGCCGGAUACGGGCAUGGCCGACUGGGCCAGUAAGCAUCUGAACCUGCACACACAGGGCCUGUUUCGACGACGCAUCUCAAUUGCCAACAUGCUCUCCUGGAACCGUGGCUCCAUCAAGAAGCCGAUGCUGGUGACCACCGACCGCACUGUGCGGAAGGAGGCCUGUGAGAUGUUCAAGCUGGUCCAGGCCUACAUGGGUGACCGGCCAUCACGCCUUGACCGCCGCCAUGCAGCCCUCCUGAUCGUCACUAAGUGCUGGGGAAUGCAGGGCCUGCGAGAUGAGCUAUAUGUGCAGCUGGUGAGGCAGACCACAGGCAACACCAGCCCCCGCAGCCUGGCUGCAGGAUGGGAACUGAUGGCUGUCAGCUUGGCCUUCUUUGCUCCCUCACCCAAAUUCUGCUGCUACCUGGAAGGCUACAUCCAGCGACACAUGGACCCAGCCAGUGAUAAGAAACGUGAGUUUCUUGAUCAGCGACAGGUUAUUCAGUUCAUACUGGACCAGCAGGACUUCAAGAAGAAGAACUCAAAGUCCAGAAAGAAGAGAAAACAGAAUACAGAAGAGGAAGAGGAUGGUUUCCCCAUCAGCACUUAUGCAAAGUACUGCUACCGUAAACUCAAGAAAGUAGCUGUUACCGGAGGAAAAAAGGUAGAGUGCAUCCUUUGCAUCGGUCUGCAGAGGAGCCUCCCUCUGCUUGUAUAGCCCCAAAUGAUGCGGCCUACCGUGGAUUCAUAACUGCAGCAGUGUCAUAACUCCUGUGAGGCUAAGUUUGAGAUGUGUGAACAAUAAGCGGGUUGCCGAAGGCACCUAUUGAGAUUGUACACUCUGUAAUCGAGGUCAAUAAAUAAAGAGGGGAUUAAAAAACAAGCUGAAAUUAAACAAAUGAAAUGAGACUUUUCGCUAUACACAUCCCCCAGUAUUUCGCACCUGUGAAGUGAUUCAAGAUGAAACGUUACAUUUUUUUUUUCUCUUUUUUUUCUGCUCCUAACUACAAAAUUACAACUGAAGUUGAACUAUCACCACACGGAUUAGUUAACAUUAUUGACUUUCCCAUCUGCUGCCACUCCACAGUCAGCUGUGUGACUUAGUUCAAGUUCAGAUUUAGCUUUGGCUAGUAGCCUGCUUUAGUUUGUUUUAUUUUAAUUAAGAGCUCUGUUUUGGAUUCAGCUGUAGCUUUGUCUCCUUGGCUUCGCUAAAAUAAUUAACCCUUUAUAUACCUAAGUUAAUGAGUGAAACUGAGAUGCUAAAAACUUUACUCAUCACUGUUAAAAAUAUAGCUGGUCAUCCAUAUAACAACAGGACACUAACAUCCUUCACUGCCAUUUAUGUGAUAAACUGGUACUAAUUUUCAUGAACAAUUGGGGGCAAUAUACAUUUCACUAUGAUUUUUUUUUUUUCAAACUGGCUCUGCGGCUUCAUCAUAGUAGCCUGUGACACAGCGGUUUAUGGAAACUCAAGGCUAAGAAAGAUACACAGGUCGCAUUUCUGGGCCACAUUUUAAGGAUCCUCCACGGUCUUUUGAAAUGGAGCAGUGCUUACAACGUAUGCGUCCAAGAAAUGGGAUCUUCGAAGGCUGCAGGCAUGCAAAUGAAACACAGCGAGUGUGUUUUACAUUUGGCAACAGACAUGGCAAAAUUUUAUCAUAAAUCUAAUCAUUUCGCACCUAGUAAAUACAGACAUGCAAACUCGUAGGCAGUGAAGAAUAAAUUUGGAAACCAACCCCUGAUUCAGGGUCCAGAAGCAUUUAGCUUAGAAAAUUUUAGUUAUUUUAAAUUAAAAUUAAGCAUUAUGGUGCAUUCAGAAAGGGAAACAAGUAAUUGCUGUAGAACAGAGAGAACAAGAGUUAAGAGAGUUAAGAGUUCCAACACCCUUGUGUCUAAUUUCUAUCUAUUAAUUGGAGCAGGUGCAUUACGUAAGGGCUGGAGCUAAACUCUGCUGGCUGAUAGAUCUCCAGGACCAGGAUUGGGUACCCUUAAAAGAUGAAGAUUGUAGAAAAAUUCAGUUCAUUGACUUCAACAACUAUGGCAGUUAAGGUCAUGUCAAAAACUGUACUUCUUUUCAUGAGGUAUUUUAAAAUUUGUUUAAAAUAACUUAUUGCUUACCAUACCAAUGUCACUGAAAUUUGGCAAACAUCUUCUAAGAUCACUCCUCAACAGUUAGAAAUAGAGGCCAUUCUAAAGACUCACUGUCAUUUGUGUUCUGUCUGCUGAAAGGCAUAUAUGCACCACAAGGCAUGAAGUGCUUAGACCCCUAUGACCGCCACUUGCAAGGUAAUUUGCAGACAAUCGCUUGGCUCUCAUGGAGGUAGAGUCCACAGAAAUCAACAUGUUCUACAUCAAUUUCAGACAAAAACAGUGGUUCCUAACUGUCUUUGUUGCAAACAAUGAAAAUUUGCUUAUACUAACACUGAAAAGGUUUAAUUUAGUAGUAUCAUUAAAGCACUCAUUUCCAGUAACUUUAGCCAAGUUAUAUUAUCCAGCAGCACUCCUAAAACUCAAUCUACAUAGUUCAUUCAUCAUUCAGACACAGGAAUUGCACAGAAGUGCAAAGAGUUUGUCAAUGAUGUGAUGCAAGUGGCGAGUGUCUAGAGGAGGGGCACUUAAAGGGCCAAUCAGAUUUCUUCUAGAGCCAGUGCCCCUUUGUAGUGGUUGUGUUUGGGUGAAAAGUAUAGAGGAGGAGCAUUGAAAUAAUUGUUGAAUACUUGUAGACAUCUUUGGGUUGUAAAAUAGUGUUGGAUGUAAUGGUUAGAUUUUGAGAAGUCUUCUGACAUUGCCAGUUUCUUUUGCAGGGUCUUUGUAAGCCCACCCUGGAGGAGGUUGAUCACAGCAGGCGAGCCAUCAUAACUCCCUCCCUGUUUGGCAGCUCUCUGGAGGAGGUGAUGGAGAGACAAAGUGAGCUCUUUCCAGACAGGAAAUUGCCCUGGGUGCAGGUGCAGCUCUCGCAAUAUGU